AUCGCUGCAGCACACCUAGAAAAUCUUAUUUAGUGUCUGAAAAAAUCAUUCGGCCGUCUGUACUCUGCACAAGAGAGUUGGAGUGAAAGCCAACGUCCGCUUCUUCUCUCCUUCCCAAAAUACCCCUCCAGGCAUUAUGGGUGUGAGAGUGGGGCUUUUGUUUCUUCUUGUGCUGGGCAUCGGCUGCAUGUAUACAGAUGCUAGAAGUUUGGUGAUCUCUGAUUCUUCGGUUGUGCAGAUUAACUACGAGGACCUGAAUACCGAAAGUAAAAUACCUGGACCUUUAGCAAAGAAUGAAAAAUUGUGCACAUUAUGUGAGCAGUUCACUUCCCAGGCAGUAGAAUAUCUCAAUGAAAACAAGACCCAAACAGAGAUCAUCAAUGGCCUUCACCUAGCCUGUUCUAAGUUGCAUUCUUUGCACCAGCAGUGCGUCACAUUGGUGGACUAUUAUGCCCCUCUUUUCUUCUCAGAGAUUGCCACGAUACAACCAGAGAAUUUCUGCAAAAAGGUCAAUCUUUGUGAGGACAUGGCAGUCUUUCUUCCACAACAGUUUCAAGAUAGCUGCACUGUCUGCCAUAACGCUGUAGCCGAAGUUCUAAUGAAGCUGAAAGAUCCUGAUACUCAGCUAGAGAUAAUCGAGCUGCUUCUCAAGGCAUGUGGUAAGGUGGAGAGCUAUGUGAAGGAGUGUAAGAAGUUGGUUUUCGAGUAUGGCCCGCUGAUCCUGAUCAACGCAGAACAGUUCUUGGAGGACCGAGAUGUCUGUGUUGCCAUCCAUGUCUGCAAGAAGUCCAGCCACGAAGAAGCAACCAUGGCGGAAAUGCCGUUGAUUGAAAUGGUGGUCAGCAGUGAAAAUAGCUGAAAGUUUAAGCAGUUUUUAAAUACACUUAUUACUGUCACUAUUCUCUUAUCCUCCCCCAAAUGUGUAGUAGUAUAAAAAUCAAAGAAGGUACAUGUUCAUAUGGUUGUGAUCUAUGGGGGCUUGUAACAUUUGCUCAAAGGGACAGUUUGUGAUUGGAUGAUUAGGUUGUGCAUUUUAUUUGAUCAUCUGGACCAGUA